AACUUAAGUACAGAGCUGUCAAAAUUUUGCAGAAAAGUCACACAAAGCUGUUUACAAUUUGUUCGACGUCCUUCUGUUUGUUCAGCGUUUGUUUUUCACGUAAUCGUUUUCGUGUUUUGUAAAAUGCCUUCCGGCGCCGAGGGUUUCAUGUUACGUUUGUUUUCGUGAUCGUCAGUUUUGUUGUGACAAGUGCGUUUUGCGUAAUAUCGUUACGAUGGGAGCUAAAGCUAGUACUGCAAAUGGGGGACAGAGUCCGCGAGCGAGAACAUUUUCAACGAGCUCCGGGUCAGACGUAGUCGCGGGUGGUGCAGGCUUUAGCCUUUUGCGAGCUAUACCUGGUAUACAAGUGUCAAGUGACAGGCAACGAGCUCGAUCGUUGUCGUCAGUGCCGGAUCUACAUAACUCUCAUGAAGCUAUUGCCAUACCUCCUAACUCACAGAGUUAUGAGGCUUCGGCAGCUGCCAGCCCGGACACUGAUACUAGCUCAAACGAGGAGGCUGGACCGGUUCCUGGAACGUCAUUGGCUCUCGGCAGAGUGUAUGCGGCUCACUCCUUACCUUCACAUAUUUGGUCAUUGAAUGUUUCAGGAAUCAAAUGUCCAGUAUGCAGCAAAUUCGUGCUGCCGGACGACAUCGAAUGUCAUCUCGUCAUGUGUCUCACCAGGCCUCGUCUCUCUUAUAAUGAGGAUGUCCUGAGUGACUCAAAGGGCGAGUGUGUAAUUUGCCUGGAAGAGCUCUGCGCCGGCGACACCAUCGCCCGCUUGCCCUGUCUCUGUAUUUACCACAAGGGAUGUAUAGACCAAUGGUUCGAAGUGAACAGAUCGUGCCCCGAGCACCCCGGCGACUAGAGGUCGCGCGGAUGCCCCAUGUGUGCCAUGUCGCGAGUGAUAGUUUUAUACAGUGAAGACUGCCGCCUCCGGGCCUUGUAAAUAUUACUGUGCUAGUGAGAUGUUUUACCGUUUAAUUAAAUCUAAAUAAAGACAAUUACGAUGAUAGAGGAAGCGCUGCGCGAAAUUCUCAGUGUAAUUUAAAUUUUACAUGGUUCUAGUUUCGUUUGUUUAUGAAUAAUUAUAUUGUAUAUUAUUAUGUAUAGUGACGUUAUGUUGCAUAAGCGUAGUUGUUUUGGAUUACCGCAGUACACAUAUCUGUUUAGCUUAUGUAUUAUAUCAUUUGAUCUUUUUUCAUCUUGGUAAUAAAGUUGAUUUGUUUCUAAAUUUUC